CAAUAGGGAUUCAAGGUGAGCCCAAACUUUAUUAAAUGACUUUUCAAACAGAUAACAGACAAGUGGCAGCAGGAGCUCCAAUGCAGAUGUUAGAUAAACACAACAAAUAAAAUAAAGAGGGAAAGAAAGGCAGAACAGACUAAAAUACAGUUUGAAAUAAAAAAUACAUACAUGGCAACUAUGAAAAUGCACAUUAAAGGUCCCUGUGUCUUCCCAAAAUGUAUCAUUGAUCAUUGAGUUUCCAUCUUAACAGAGAAGAAAAUGUCCUAAUCUAUUUUCAUUCUAAAUAUCCAUCUUCAUAUAUAAUUUGUUCUUAUUCAUCAGCCGUUAUCAGUGCCUGUGUUGCGCCAGGUUCAGGCCACCUAAAGUGGAACAGAGACUGAUCAGAUAUUAUUCUGGAAAAUGUGAUAAAUAAUAGAUUAGACUUUCUGAAGGCCAGCCAGUCGUUUUUAUAUUUUAUAUUGCAAACUUCUUUAAUGUUAAUGUUUGUUUUUAUUUUUUCCUGUAAGAUCAAAUAGUUUUCUCAACACUUUGGGUCAUAUCCUCACGUCAGCCUGUUACACCCCCUUUUGACAUCUGGCAGCAGCAGUGUAGCGGCGCGUUUUGGUCUUUUCCGGACACUUCCUGCUUUUUAAACUGGAGCUGCAGCGUGUAUGUCCCGUUGCCUCUUCACAGGCUGGACUGGUCGUGUGUCGCAGCAGUGUAUUUUUUUUUUUCAUGUAUUUAGGAUUACAGUUGCUGCUGCUGCUGCUUGGGCAGCGAUAUCGUAUUGUCACCAGCGUUGGACCUGAUCGUUUAUUUGAGGAGAGAGGAAAUGAGGCGUAGCGUUGCGCUUUGAGGGUGCCAGAGGAGGAAAGACAAACAGGAUUCAAACAGGUGUCCGGUUGUCUCCCAUCAGCCCGAAGGAGGAAGACAACAGGAAAGGUGGCAAACAGAAGAACAUUAUAGUGCGGCUACUCUGACUGUAUCAAUAAGAAAAGGCGGUUAAUAGGCAAAUCAAUCCGCUAAUUUCACAACGUGUCGUUUCCUCCAGUGAACCGUGCGCUCCCUCGGUUCAGCGGUGAUGGAGACCCGGCAGACGAACCAGGAGAAAACCGCCUUUUAAUAUCGCUCGUAGCUUGUUUUAAAGGAAAAUAGGUGAAAAGAGCCAGCUUUGCAUCUCCCUUCUUUCUUUUCUCCCUCAGAGAAGGAGGAGGAGGUGGUAGAAGAAGGGAGGCGGUGACCGACAUCCCCCACGGGACAGGCCGACCGACCCACGCUGCUAACAGGUGUGUCUGAGGAGGACACACCGCUCCAAUCUGCACCGCCCGUCCGGACGGUUCACUCCCCUCCUUCCCUCCCUUCGUGCCUCCCGGUCCGUUCUUGUGUCUUUAUUGUUCCUGCCGAAAUUACAUUCAAACGGGCUGGUUUGGAGUUAUAUUUCGGCAUCACAGUGAGCGCUUGUUCUUUUCCUCUUUCGGUCUCUUCGCAUCUAUCCAUUGGUGCGUAAUAUCUGAGGGGAGGAAGGAGGAGGUGGGAUCCAAACGGCUAAUUUUGAGACGUUAAUUUAAAAAAAACGAAUGGGACUUUGUAGCGAGGUUGUUUUUUUUUUUUCUUGAGGAAUGGAGGUAAUUUAAAGGUUUGGACUCAUUAUAUCAGAGGUUCGGAGAAAAUUUAAAGAUUUUGUGAGAUUUUUCACCAAAUUUAUAGGUUUGCACUGAUUUCGCCUCUGGUUAAAAGACAGAGAGCCGCCGUUGGUCCUGUGGUUUCGACGACGUUCGCUAGCCCAACCGAAACGAACCGACGGACCCGAAGUGGGUCUUUUCAGGGGACUCUCUCUUGUUUAAACAAAGUGUAUCUCGUUUUAUCAUGACAACGAGAAAAGCCAGCAGUGUGGCGGACAUGGUGACUACCUCCACCACCGCCAACCACCAGCACCAGAACCAGCAGAGGAGCCGGAGUCCCAGCAGCUACGGCAGCGGGGUUCCUGCGUCCGAGGCGGCGGCAGCGGCGGCCGGAGGGGCGGAGAUGUUCGGAGAAUUUCAGGACUGGUGCCUGCGGACGUACGGGGACUCCGGGAAGACCAAGACCGUGACCCGGCGCAAAUAUAACAAAAUCCUCCAGACCCUGCUCCAGGGGGACGAGGAGAACAGCAACGGGGUGUUCCUGCACGAGAAAAGCAACAACCAUAUCAACGCCAAAUUUAAAUUCUGGGUCAAGUCCAAGGGCUUCCAGAUCGGGACCCUGCAGGACGGCAAGAACGGCUCGUCGGACAGACCGGUGCUGUACGUCCCCAUCAAGGCGACGUGUGUGGACAGUAUGUCCGGGGUCGACUCGUCCCUGAAGCGCGUGGCAGUGGUGGAGGAUUUCUUCGACAUCAUCUACGCCAUGCAUGUGGAGAUCAGCACGGAUCCAGGCAAAGCACCAAAACACGCCGGCCAGAAGAAAACCUACAAAGCUAUAGCAGAGACGUACGCCUUCCUGCCCAGAGAGGCGGUGACUCAUUUCCUGAUGAGCUGUGGAGAGUGUCAGAAGAGGAUGCACAUCAGCACCACAGGACAGGACUACAAAGAGAACGACAGACCGAGCUCUCUGGUGUCGGAGGUGAUAGACUACAACAUGCCUCUCACCACCACCUACAUGAAACAGAUGAAGCUGCAGUGCAUGAGCAACAACAAGGAUGACAGUUCACUGAGCAGCGAGGAGGAGGCAGAGAUGAGCGAGCCCACAUGGCUAGCAGCUGAUCUGGGAGCAGCGUCUGACCUGAGCCCGCCGAGUCGAGGAGAGAGGAUGCGCCAGAGUCCCCAGAACACACACAGCAAGGAGGACGACGAUGAUUCAUCAUCAGAGAGCGGCAGCGGGAAUGGCCUUCCUGCGCUGACCCCUCCAUCCUCCGCUGUGAUGGACGGAACAAUCGUCAGGGAAACUGAGGUCGUCAAUGGCAAUGGUGGCCCUGCCCCGCUUGACUUCAGCACGCCAACCUCCUCUUCCUCGUCGUCCGAGGACCAGCAGCCGAUCAACCUAAGCGACCCGCCUCCGAAGCGCCUGCCCCUGUCCACUUCUCACCUGCCCGUCACCGUGUCAGCGGCGGCUGCGGCGCUGCUCGGCGCUCUGCAUCCCAGUGCGCCUGAGGAGCUCCGCAGGAAGUACCCGCUGGCUGCCAAACCUCCCCUGGCUCCACACCCGGCCCUGCCUCUGCCUCUGCCGCACACACACACUCCUCACACACAUAACGCACACACUCCCAACACACACUCCCAGUCCCACGCACACACCGCCGAGCUGCGACUGGACCGAGACAGCAGGGACUACGGGGGCAAGUCCCCGCAGUACAGUUCAGGUGGCAGCUACGACAGCGUGAAGAUGGACUUGAGUGCCGAAGACCUGACCAUGGUGCGUCACGGCACCCAGGUCGCCCCCGACGAUGAUGACGACGACCACGACGACCAUGAUGACAAUGAUAAGAUCAACGACACAGAGGGAGUCGAUCCCGAGAGACUAAAGGCCUUCAAUAUGUUUGUGCGUCUGUUUGUGGACGAGAACUUGGAUCGAAUGGUACCCAUCUCCAAACAGCCCAAGGAGAAGAUCCAGGCCAUCAUCGAGUCCUGCAGCAGACAGUUCCCAGAGUUCCAGGAACGCGCUCGCAAGCGCAUCCGCACCUACCUCAAAUCCUGCCGACGCAUGAAGAAGAAUGGCAUGGAGACCCGUCCUACUCCACCUCACCUCACCUCAGCCAUGGCUGAGAACAUCCUGGCUGCCGCCUGCGAGAGUGAAUCACGCAACGCCGCAAAGAGGAUGCGCCUCGAAGCCUAUCACGAUGAGCAGAUCUCUCUGGACAAGACGUCCAGCGGUGGAGGAGGUCUGAGGGAGCCGGCGUCCCUCGCUCACUCUGCCUACUCCCUGGCCGCAUCAGCCUUCUCCUCCCAGGACACCCAGCUCUACAUCAACGGAGCCGGCCUCAGCUACGGUUACCGUGGAUACCCGGGCCUGGGCGCUGCCAUGCAACACCCCGUUUCCCUGACGACUGGCGCUGCUGCUCAGAGCAACGGUCCCACAGACCUCAGCAUGAAGUCUCUCUCCUCUGCCAACAUCAGUAACUCCUCCUCCUCCGCCACCACCAACAGCUUGGGUGGGCGGGGCAGCGGGGGCGGCGGCGGAGGCGGGGCUUCAACCCAGCUCAGCCAACCAGAGAUCACGGCCGUGCGUCAGCUGAUUGCCGGCUACCGAGAGUCAGCCGCCUUCUUGCUGCGCUCAGCCGAUGAGCUGGAGAACCUCAUCCUGCAGCAGAACUGAUUUGUGGGAGAACACACACACACACACACACACACACACACACACACACAUAUACACACACACACGCACACACACACACUUUCCAUUAUGUUUGUUUUGUGUCUGUCUGAGUCCCCCUGUCUUGUUUUUGCUCUGACUUCCUUAAACCUGUGUUUGUUGUUUUCUCCUCAUCUGCCUUCUCUUUGCAAACUGACUCUGCACUUUUUUUUUGGGACAAAAAAAAGUGGGAAAUUGGGACAGAGGUGGCGUGCGGGGGGGGGGGGGGCAACCAAUCCCAUGCCCAGCCAUUCCCAAAACAAUCCGCCACAAUCUCAACUCAUCAAUUCUACCUGAGGAGAGGAAAAAAAAUUUUUUUUAAAAAAGCAGAGCACUUGGACCCUGGAGGAAUCUCUUCCUGUCCUCUCUGGAAGCACCUCACAAUCAGCACUACACUCUGAGAGAAGGAGUGUGGAGGAGGGGGAGAGAGGAGGAAGGGGAGAAAAGAGGAAACGAGUAGCCUGGAAGAGGCGUGAAGAAGAAAAAUAAAAGACUUUGUACCCAUGUGGGUGGAGAAGUGAAGUUUUUGAGUUUCCCCUGUGGAGCUCUAACCCAGGGAGUUUUGAUUGAAGUGGGCUCCGGCCAAUACUGUCUUAUGAUCGUAACAGUUUAAAACAGAAUAAAUAAUGACUCCCUGAAUUAGUACUACUGAAGCUGUUUGUUUAAAUGAUGACUGCUUUUGAUUCGAUUGAAGAUUUAAUUGUUCUUUUUUUUUUUUUUUAUGGGAGUCCUGUGGGAGUUUCUUUUUUUCUUUUUUUGCGACUCUUCCCAAGUGACUGGAGGAAAGAAAAGCAGUUUGACUUAUCUUAAAAGAUAGCACUAAAUAUGGAGAAGACUUUGAGUCCGGAGGAGCCUGAGGACGGGAGCUGGAAAAGAAAUGACAAAAAAAUGUUUUUUUUGGUUUUAAAAAAGGAAGAAAAAAAAAAAAGAAGAAAGGAGGAGAGAAACUUUUUCUGUGCUCGCUUGUAUAUAAGCUCUCUGUGUCCUAUAGCACUUUUCCCUCACCUAAAACCUCACCCUGAACCACCCCACCCCGCCCCUAAUCCUUACCCGUUUUACCCAGGGAGCAACUUGCUACUUAUGCAUCCAAGACGCCAUGUUGACCACCAGGAAAUACCUCAAAUCAGACCUGCCAAUUCCAUUUUCAGUUCCCCAAACAAGUACACACACACACACACACACACAUACACACAUACACACACACAUACACACGCACGCACACACACACACACUCUGCAAGUGAAUGGUAACAUUCCCACCAGAAGCCAGUUUACUUCUACUUCACCACCUGAUGUCUUCAAGGUUUCUAUGUUUUGGGGGGAGAAUCGAACUUUAUUGCGCAAAAGACCUGUAAUGUGGAAACGAUGAAGCAUUUCAAGAACUGAUGUUGUGAACUUUUCAGAUCUUUCAACUUUUCUGUCAUCUGUGCGGGUUUGUUCGUGUGCUGCUGUAUAUAAUCAGUUCAUGUUGAAAACUUGAGAAGAAUCAGAGCUGAAGUUGACAGGAGUGUAUUUCUCUGAGAGGUGGAGGUGGGGGUGUGUGUGUGUGUGUGUGUGGAGGGGUAUUUCUUAAAUGAAAUCGGGGGGUUCAAUGUUGAUCGCUGGUGGCAGUUUUACCUCCCGCUUCUACUUUUUACAAAUGUAGAUGUAAUGCCAACGAAACCUCAUGAUUCUGUUUUAACACCCCUCCACUCCCUCCCUCACUCCCUCUUUUCUUCUUCUCUCCAUUGGACCUACUCUACACUUCUUCUUCGUGGACCUAAACAUUCUCCUCUUCCUGCUCUCCUGCCUGGUCCAGUCCAGGUUUCAGAGGAAGAGGAGGACUGCUCUGUCUGACUGUCUUUGUCUGUUAAACUCUGAGCUGGCCAUUACUAUGAUUAUUAUUAUUAUUACUAUUAUUAUUAUCAUUAUUAUUAUUAUGAACUUUCAUGUUGCUGCUGCUAUACAAAAACCGGACCUUCUACCAUAGACCUGAAACCUCAACAAAGGCGGGCGUUGGCCGCAGUGCCCCAUGGGAACCCGACCAACCAACCAACCAACCUCCUACGACUUCGACUGCAACUUCAGCUCGACCAUGACAAAGCAAAAACAUCUCAAAGACUCACUGUUUGUUGUUGGGGAAAACUCUCCUUUGUCCACUCACUCGUCUCUGCUCUCUCUGACCGGUUGGUUGGUUUCUUUGUUUUUGCUUCAUAGGGCUUGAUUAAUGUCGUGUUUUGUGACUUUCUAACUGUGAAUUCCCUCUUUCUUUUCCAUGUUUUUAUCCUCUGGAGGGCACAGGGUGGGAUGUGUUAGCAAGUCUUGCACGUUCACCACAGCAAUCCGCAUCAGGCCAACACUCAGUACACACUCAGACCACUCAACGGGGCCAAUACUUCUGUGAAUAACUGUUUUAUGAGGAGAUGUGUUUUGGUGAAUUUAGUCCAGAGGCAAAGAAAAGAGACUAAAAUCCUUCAUUAUGAAAUGAUCACGUUUUGUUUUCAGCCAUGUUGUUUUUAUACCAUAUGAAGGUGGUUUUUGUUGUCUUGCCAAACUAGUGAGAACCUGAAAAUGAUAUUUAGUGGACACCUGGUUGAUCCCAUAGGCCUCUGCUGUACCUGUCGUUCUGUGCAGUCGAGCCAGAGCCUCUUUAUUAAAGGAAAUGUUCAACAUUUGGGGAAAUCUGUUUGUUCACUUUCUUGCUCAGAGUUAGAUGAGAAGACUGAUAUAACCAUAAACUGCUCCUGGACAAGAAAUAGUCCCGUCACAUAACCCCCACCCCCAGCCCCUAAAAAAAUCAUUUGGUUGUCGUAUGGAUUUAAGAAACAAGAUAUAAUGUGUUGAUAAAUGUGCUUUAGAGGUGAUGGUGGGCAGUUUCUGUUACCUUUAGACAGAGGCUAGCUGUUUCCCCCUGUUUCCAUUCUUUGUGCUAAGCUAAGCUAAUCACCUGCUGACUCUAGCUUCAUAUUUACAGUCAUGGAAGAAAUAUCAGUCUUUUCGUUUAGUUUCUUAAUAAGAAAGUAAAUAAGCAUAUUUCCCAAAAUGUUGAACUGUUCCUUUAAGGAGAUGUGAUGUUGUUAUUGCCACUUUUUAGCUUUGUCUCUUGGGACAGUUGCUAAAAUAAGGCAAAUCUUCUGGUUGGAAUUAUAAAUUGGUGGUAUUAGUUUGUUGACUUUUCUAUCAAAGGGUGUUUUGAACCAUGUGAUGCGUCCAGCAGCUCCUUCCCGCUCAGCAGCUGUCGUACAGGAGACGGACGUGGCUUAUUUCCUCCUAAGGCGUCGCUCUGUGCAUCGACUGUGGUUUCUGCUCAGUUCGACUGUCGUGUCACUGUAAUUUGCUCCCUAUUUGCACACUGAGCAGAGCAACAGUCAUCUGUGAUUUAAAGGGGGAGGCUCUCUGUGUGUGUAUGCAUGUUUCCCAGGAGGGACCCCCUCACCUGCCCCCCAACUUGCACUGCUGAGAGCAAAGGAAGAGGUGUGGUGGGGUUGUUUUUUUUUUUUUUUUUGCAAUGCAGCUGAUAAUCAUAGCAUUCACUGGUCUUUAGAUGGUUUGUGUUGGCGACAGGCUGCUCACAGUGAUGGUGAAAUCUGUAUCAUACACACUGGGUGACGAGCGCUGUGGGGACAUGUGAAAGCCAUUUAUUCAGGAGGUGUCAAAGCAGCUCACACCUGUAUCCGUAAACACAAAACCUCCAUUCAGACUUUGACUGAUUUACAUCUGUGUGCAAUGUCAGAACCACCACGUCAAGUUCAGAUUAGUUUGAAAUGUGGAAAAUGUGAGUUAUUUAAUUUAUGGAACAUGACAGAUGUAGAUGUAGAAUUGUAAAAGUUUUUUUUUUCUUCUCUUUUUUUUUGUCUCAAAACGGGAAACUCUGUUCAAAGUGUUCUGAUCACUUACACAAACAACAGAAAUAUGCAAAAAGAAAAAAGAAAAAAGAAUGACCCAACUAGAAGAGAAACAGGGGGGGGGGUGAUGUCACUGAAGUCACACAUGUUGGAGUAUGACCUUUAUUCAAUGCUCUUUUGAGUGGAGUCGCAUUUAACAAUAAAUUCAGUUUAUUUUUUACCUAAAAGUUAAGAAGAUUUGAAAAAGACGAAAAUAUCAAAUUCAUACAAAUCUCAUUAAAGCUGGUGAGACCCUCUGAGGUACAAUCAAUUACUUCCAAAUUUUUCUUCCAAAUUUUACUUCGGGGUCAUAUUCAGGAGUUUUGUUUGAUGUGAGUGUGGAGCGACCGCCUUCCUAAACCCCAACAUGAGACUUAAAGGACACCGACGUCCCGUCUUUCUCUCCUCCUGUUUGAUCCUCACUGUGCUCUCAGAUACUGCCAAUGGUUUUGUUGAGUCCGCCUGGUUUUCGGUGUUGUCUGUGGGACACCUGGAUCGGUCCAGAUGUGCUCAAUCGAAAACCUUUUCAGUUUGACUGAUCCACUGGCUGCUCUGUCUGAGGGACCUGUUUCACACAUCAGUUAAUGAGAACAGGUCGGUGUUUCAUCACCAUCAGUAUCAUUGAUGUUUUCCACCUUUAAGAUCGAGGGCCCCUGCCGAUCACAUCUGCACAAAAACAAUCAAUUCACCCUUUUUUUGGAGGCAGUUUUUUGAAACACUGAAACCUUGUAAUGUUGCAUGAAAAAAAGUUGAUUUAAAGUCUGGCAGUAGGAGAACCUGUGUGAACCUCGACAAAUUGCAAAUGAAUCCUGCAGCCUGGCAGCAGUGCAGUUGCUGUGGAGCAGGUGAUGUGAUACUGACAUGCUCAUAAUGUGUGUGAAGGUCCCUCAGAUCAAAGCAGGACAGAGUGGUUUUCAGUUUCAGGUUCAUUUCAGCUGAUUUCAGAAAGAAUUUCAAUCUCAGCAUCCUGACCCUGAUGGAUUCAGUCUGAUGCUGAACAGACGAGGUGGACCGUUCAUUUUACCUCCUUCAGAAGUGACUGAAAAACAUUGAUGCUGCUGUGCAAUGAAAAAACCUCAAAACUCCAAAAUGCAUUUUCAAGAAAUGAAGGAAGUCCUACCGUCAGAUCUACAGCCAUAUAGUUUUUAAAUUACAGUAUAAGUGUUGUCAGGAAAUGAAGGAUAAUAUCACAUUUUAAAUGAUAAGAAAGGAAUAGUGCUGCAGCAGGAGUUGAGAUGAACAUUUAAUACAAUUUAACCCCUACUCUCUGUUAGACGAGAGACAUGACAUUUGGGAUUUAAAAAUCUAAAAGCUUCAAUCACUGGAAAAAAAUACAAUUUUGUUCACUUUGGGUUCUAAGAUUGAAAAAAGAGCAGCUUAUGACGCUCUGUAGAAGGUGAAGGUGAGGUUCUUAUUGCAGUCCAUCCCCUUCUUCUUCUUCCUCCUCAGAAUGUGAUUAUUAUUUAAGCUAAAAUCUGCUUCUUUGAAAUGGGAUCUGGGAUUUUUUGUCAUUUUUACUAAACACAGGUGAACCUCUGAGAUCGUCCCAAAAGGUUUCUCUCCUGGCCGACGGUAGCAAAAGACUGAAUCACUGACCUCAGAGCAUUCAGAGUCAUAAAAUGUUGUUGAAUACACAGCAGGCGGCCAGAAAUCCUUCAACUGGCUGUAACGCACGACUCUGGUUAGUCAGAGGAGCCAGGCCGGUGGGAUUCGAGACUUUCUCAUUGGUUCCUUUGCGAUGACGUCCUCUGUCAACCUCAGAGAAGAUGUUCUUAAGGUUUUCUACGUGUUUCUGAGCCCAGGUUAGAUUACUUCAAAGCCAGACAACUACGGAACAGCAACAGAGAAAAAAUACAACUGUAUAAAAGAAAAAAAAUAGGCAAAUGACAAUCUUUAGAAAGGUGUAAUUUGCUCACUGUUUGGUUUCCAUGCCUGUGUCUGUUGUAUACAGUGGGACAGACUGGGAGAAUAAUCUAAGAGUGUUUUAGCCAUAAUCAGAGCGUUCGUACUCCAGAUCUCCUCCUCCUCCUCCUCCUUCUCUUGUCGUUGUUGUCGUUGUUGACGUCUCUUCUCGCCGAGCAAACAGCUGACACAUUUCUAUCUGAUUUCUAUUUUUUAAGUAUUACAUGAUUAUCAAUUGUCAAUGUUCUGAUUCUUCUUAAUAUUAUUAUUUUAUAGAUAUAUUUUGUAGUGCGAGUAAAGUGGUCUUUUCUGAGAAGAUAUUUUGUACAAUACUCCAACAGCUUCACUCUGUAUGCCUAUACUGCACAUUCCAAACACGGAUGUCAACAAACACGGGACCCGGCCGGCAUCACCACAAACAUGAACUCUUCUUCUCCUCCUCUGAAAUCAAACAGAGGGAAAUCUAAGCUUCAUAUUGACCUUUACUGUCCGAUAACGUCUCUCCUCAGUGUCUCAUCCCUCAUGGUUUACACAAGACAUGUUUUAUUUCCUCCUUUUAAAGGUUACGUUUACACCAUAGACACCGACCGGGUUGUAAGAUGAUGAUCCUGCACUGAUCUACUGUGAAAAAAGGGAUGUAAAUCUGAGGCCUGAGGAAGAGUGUGGAGGUCCUCCUCUCAGACACCACAGAAGUAGAGAUGUGGGUUGCUACCGCUCACACAGAGCAGAGACUCUGGUGUGUGCAGGGCAAAUGUAAGCCGCUGAAUCAAAGGUCCAAGUUGUAAAGUAAAACAGAAAGGUCAACCAGCUGAUCUGCUGUGAUAUACAACUUCUUUACAACCUGCAGCUUGUUCAACACGGAGCUUUAAAAUCUGCCUGUUUUUCCAAGUCUGUCUUUAGAUCUUUCACCAAAGAUCUUUCUAUAAACUACAACUACUGUGAGGCAGUAAAAAUAUUUAUCAAUUGAUCUAUUUAGUUUUAUCUUCUUUUAUUCUGUCUCCAUGCAUGAUCUGAUUUCCUGGAAUAUAAUUAUGCUCAAAAAAUAUCUUGUUUUUUUAAUUUUUUUUAUUGCAUAUUUAAAGAUGUAAAGACACUGUAGGAAAUGUACUCAUUCACUUUCUUCCUGAGCUUUAGAUGAGAAGAUCAGUACCACUCUUGUGUCUGCAUGGUUGAUAGAUGGUUAGCUUAGCUUAGCAUAAAGAGUUGAAACCGAGGGGAGAAGCUAGCCUGGCUCUGUUUCCCUACCAGCACCUCUAAAGCGCACUAAUUAAUAUGUCAUAUUUUGUUUUGCUUAAUUAACUAAAAGUGUAAAAAUGUCCAGUUGUGGUUUUACAGGGGGGGUUAUGGGCCAGACUAUUUCAUGGCAAACAACAGGCCAAGAAAUAGUCCUGCACAUUACCACUGCUAAAACAGAACAUUGGUAUUUUUACAUUUAGGUUUCUACAAAUUAAAGGUGAUAAAGUGUUAAUUGUUGAACUUUAGAGGUGCAUGGAGGCUUUUUUUUUAACAGUAAGAAAGGAACUGAGUAUAUUUUCAAAAAAUGUGGGACUACUACUUUAAAAGGCAUUAAAUUUCCAGAGAUCUUGCAGACAAGAUGACCUCUGUGCUAACUUUGAGCAUACAGGAAUUAUUCUUCAUCCACAUGUAGACAGACUAGUCUUUUUCUAAAGUUUCAGAUCACACAUCGCUGUGGAAACAGUUUCAGACUCAGAGAUUCAGACUCGGGGUCAGGAAAUCCUUUCAGAAGCUGCUUCUAACCUCAGACCUCAGUCCAUGAGACGAGCCGUGAUGCCGGUCGGGUCCCUGCAAACGAUCACACACUUCUUGAACCAGUCUGGUCAGAUGUUAAAGCUCAACACAGACACACAUAUGAAAAAAAAAAAUGAAGGAGAAAAAAAUAAUGGAGCUAUUUUUAUUUUUCUAUCAGGGCACGGUGUACAGCUACUACUGUCGAAAUUUUAAAAAAUGGCUUCCUGAGCCGUUUGGUUUUACUGUUUUUUAUUUUUGUUUGUUUCCGUGGUGCUUUAGAUUCUAUUAUUUUCUCAUUUUUGGCGAUUUGGUUCUUUUCUCUUCUCUCUCUGUCUUCACCUGACUUUGUACCAGACUCUUGAUUGUCUUGAUUUCCUCUGUCGGGGGCUUUGUACCCACAGUAAUACCAACUAGAAACCUGUAUUCUCCUCAUGAUUUGACUCAGUGGAAGUGUGAUGUUUACAUGUACAGAUUUUUGCGAUUCUUUCUGGUUCGUUUUCUGUUUGGUUUCCUCUCAUCUUUCUAUCCCUCUAUCCCUCCUCUCUCCUCUGUCUCUAUCCUCUCACUCCUGUUUUCAGUUAAUAUGACUCCUUCCUUACACACUGAAGGGAAAUGGGACUGCGUCUGAAUACAAUUAUCACCAUUUCACACAUAAGCCUAUCGCAUGAGGGGACACUUUGAAUUUCAGCUCGUCACCUUUUUUCACCGGGCACCUGCUUACGUAUUUUAGUUUUUUAACCCUGCCUUGUUAGCAUUUAGUUAGCAUUGAGAUGCUGAAGGUCCACCUGUGUUUCAUGGAGGAACGCUAACGGCUAGUUUGUGUGUGAUUGUCGAUUCACAGUUUCAUUUUUGUGCUUGGUGAAGAAACGUCCCACGGCUGAAAUUGAAAAGCGAGGCACCCCUGUAUGAAACCGAUUGUUUGGGAAGGGGUGGGGUGGGGGGGGGGGAGUCAAGAUGUGUGUUUGUUUGGCUCUGGGGGGGGGGACUGACCUUUGACCUCUCAGCUAACUCCACAGCACACAAAAUCACAGUGGGGCCACAAUGACAACUCCACUGGUGUGACCACGACCCGGUGGAGAUGAUUCCUCAGUGAAUGAUAAGCCAUUACAGACCCUGUGUGUCGGGUCUCUUAGUCUAUUAGUAUAUUUAGCAAAACUUUAACCUGCAGAUGAAAAAACUCAACCUCAGGAAAAAAAAAAGGACAUCACUUUUGUAAAAACACGUCUAACUGAAGGCCCAUUUCCCUCUCUCUUUGAUACCAUAUAAAUUAUAUCAAAAAUUCUUUUUAUAUUUAUUGUGUUCAUUAUUAUUAUUAUUAUUAUAUAACAGUGGAUACCUUUUUUCCAGUACCUGUGGCUAAUUAUUUUGAUUCUUUAGAAAAGUGUUGAUAAUAUAUGUGAAGCAUCUUAAAUGAUUGAGGAAAAAAAAAGACAUUAAAAAAGAAAUCUAGGGUUAUUUUUUUUGUUUGCGGUACAGACGUGUUUGUUUGUUUAGCCUGAAAAAACGAGAACAUAUCACUCUGGUCCAUGACAAAGAAACCAAUGAUCGAAAAACUGAGCUUUCUUUCGUGUGAUGUCACUGCUAAGGCUGAAAUGUUUCUGGACUUAAAAAAAAAAAAAAAGUUGUGACCAUUUUGUUUUGUUUGUUUUUUGGUUACUUUUGUUUUUCUCCCGAGCUGUACGUCACAAAGCUAAAUAUACUAAUAAAACGGUGUGCUAUCUAUCAAA